UCGCUGGAUAUGGUGUGUGAAGAGAGAGCCGGCUUGUGGAGUGCUUGCCGUCCCAACAAGUGUGUGACACUGUGUGGAAGCAGGAGCGCUAGGUGCAUCUGGUGCAAGGUCUCCCCUGCCCUUCUCCGUCUCGCUCUUUCUGUUCCUCUCCUUCUCCUUCUAGAGGCACGUGCGACGGGAUGAUGGCCAGCGGAGGGGUCGGGUCUGAGGCCCAGGGGUUGGCGCUUUCCGCCGUACUGCGGCUGGCGGUCGUUGCCGCUCUCGCGCUCGGCUAUGGCGGUCAGACGGCGACUGCCACGGCUGAGAGCCAGCUAGCCGAAGCGAUCAACUCCACGGCUACGGCGAAAAAAAGUCCCGUUCUGGUGACCAUAACCGAAGACAUCGUCCUCAGCAAAGCACUGCCUCUAAUUCUCGGUCCUGUCCACAUCAAGGGAGCGUGCCCUGGUCGCAAAUGCGUGGUGGAUGGUGGGGGCAAAUUCGGCAUCUUUCAGGCCUAUGCGCUGCCUCCGCGAUGCGCGGUGACGAUCGAGAACUUGAGCCUGAUCAAUGCAAAGAAGGGGGCUGUCUACUCCACGUGUGACCUGCGGGUUAUAAAUGUCCAUUUCAAGAGGAACAACGGACAAAGCGCUCUCUCUCUCGGACUGGGCGCCGCCUUUUGGCACGUGGAAGAUUGCUUGUUCGAGACCAACAGCGCCUCGGGCAGCGGAGGGGGAAUCUUCGUCAGCUCGUUUGGACAAGGACGAAUCGUACGGACGACGUUCAAGUCCAACAAGGCGGGAGAGGAUGGUGGAGCCGUACGGAUCUUUACCCACGGUAACUCGGCGGGAUACGUCUUCGAUCGCGUGAUCUUCGACUCGAACACGGCGGGAAAGCGUGGCGGCGCCGUCUUCGUCAGCGGGACAAUAGAUGCUCCCGUAAAGGUGUUGGUAUCGCGAUCAAGGUUCUUGAAUAACGUCGCAGCCGGCGGCGCUGGCGGUGCGCUUGCGCUCACUGUUGGGACGGAUGCGCGCAUCUGUGACACGUCCGUCGCCGGAGGCGGGAACAGAGCGAAAGGCGAUCAGGGCAACGACGUCGCUCUGCUGAACGGCAACUACCAUCCGCUAAUGCUCGUCUAUUUCUGUCCCGCAAAGCCCGAUAAUCUCUCCCUCUACGUCACUCCCGCUCUCAACCCCCCGAUCGUUCGCUAUAACUCCCAAGUCUGCACGCUACGGAACGUGCAACGCCAGUACUAUUAUAGUACAUCCCUCUAGUCUCCAGAUUGCUACUUACGUCUAUGAUCCCUGCCAGACCUCUCUCUCUCUCUCUCUCUCUCUCUCUCUCUCUCUCUCUCUCUCUCUCUCACACACACACACACACACACACACACAGAGUCGUCAUCGUCUUUCCUGAGUUCAGUCUGUCUGCUAGUCUGUGGCUCAGGCUUUGUAGCAAUGAGAGUGCGUGUCUCAUUCUGUUUCAUAUUUGUCUCUAAGUGAAAAUUCUGUGUACAUAUAUAUUGGACCACCUGUCUCAUUCAAUUAUCUCUAUCAUCAUCAUCAACAUCAUCAUCGUCAUCAUGGCUACAUAGCAAAUCUCCAUUUGUGUCAUAAUAAUAAGGAUCGUUGUUAUCAUGAUGAUCAGCAUCGUCUCGACCAUCACAAGGAAAGACGAUCGUGGCCAUCGGCAGAGCUAACAGACUCGUGUCAUCAUCGCCACAGUAUCGGUAUCAGUACUCGUCUUUUGCUGACAGUGUUCGACUUUUUUUUUUCUUUUUUUUUUUUAUAGAAGUAAUGUAACAGUUCCCUUGAUCGUCUUAGAGUAGUGUUCGACUUUUUUUUUGUUUUUUUUUUCAAUGAAGUAGUGCCCCCUUG